UUGAUUCACCCUCUCUCCAUUUGGAAGCGUCCCCCUGCUGCGUCCUUCCUCCCCAACUCCAAACUUUCCAAACUUUCACCGUCCGAAGGAAAACUUCAGGUGAAGCAUUUCCGUGAAAAGCACUUCAGGAAGCGACGGCGGCCCGGAUUUGUUUGCUCCCGCGGCCACAGAUCCGUUUGUCGGAUGUCCGCUGGAUUGACUUCUGCGAUGUGGGUGCUGCUGGUCUGCGGACGCCCCUGCGGACCACGUAGGGGAAAUGAAGGGAGGCUGCGUCGACCUGCGGCUCCCACCUGGAGGAGGCUGGGCGCGCUCAGACAGACACACUGCAGAGCUGUCCUUAAAGUUAAAAGCACACUGUGUUCGCAGCUCUCCGGACUGUUACCUCCAAACAAACAGGCCAUGGAAAAUCAAACAUCAACAGAGAAUGGUGAAGACAUGGCAUGUACUGAGGACUCACACAUGGAGCAAAGAUUUGUUGAGGACAUCACAGACAGUAGUCAUGCUGAUUCUGAGACAGAGACAAUCAUCUCUCUUGAAGAGGACACAACACAUUGCGUAAUACGAAUGGACCGGGUGGCCACGGACCGCUUGGGGCAGCUUUUCGACCGCUGCAUCCAGCAAGUGUCCCAUCUGGAGAUGCAGAGGAACGAGCUGAUCCAAGAGCUCCGCCGCCUGCAGGAGCCCAUGCUGCGCGUGGUGGAGCACCUGAGAGGGAAGCUGGUGGACACACAGAGGCUGCUCACUCUGGCUCAGCUGGAUUAUGUGGCUGUUCAUGAGGAAGUGCAACAGGUGAAGAGGAAACUGUUUGCCACAGCCAGAGACUGCAUCCAGAGCCAGGUGAUGCUGGCUGCACAGGAGUUUGAGGUGGCUCAGUCUGCUGUCACGCAGGAAGAGCUCCAGGCCCACAUCCAAAGCCUGAGCCAGGAGUUGUCCCAGCUCCAGGAGGCCUACCAGAACCAGCUAAACUCCCUGAGGGACCAGGCCAGUAAGCCCUGCAGGCCCAGGGCCAUGAGUGACAUCAGCCAGUGUCGCCAGGCUUCUGUCAGACUGCAGCGGCGGCUCAGCGGCAGCGUGAGGGCACUGGAGGGCUGCUACGAGCCUCGGCUCAUGGCUCUGCUGAGGAGAAGGCAGAUUGGAGAGGACGCCUUACGAAAGAGCAGGGAGCAGGCGACGGACCUGAGGGCCAGCCUGGGGCCCCUGAGAGAGGACAUACAGAGACUGGAGGUGCAGAGAGCCUGUCUGGAGCAGAGGAUCACUCUGAUGGAGAGGGAGCGGGAGGAGAGCGUCACACAACACAAGGAGACAGUGGAGACAUUAGAGGAGACUCUGAGAGAACUACAAGUGGAGCUUGAAGUUGAAAAAAAAUCAAAAAAGGAUUUGGAGGAUCAGAAGAAUGGCCUUUUAAAAAAGAGCUGGCAUCUCUGAGAGGCUGUGAUGAACCCAGUGAAAGCACUGCAGAGGAGGAUCCCUAAUGUUCUGUCUCCAAUGGAUAUUCUUAAGAUGAUUAUCUACACCAGACCAAACCACAGCAUUGCAUUAACAUUAAUGGAAUUAGUUGAUUCAAACGGCAUUCAGUGUCUUCAACCGACUCUUAUCAAUUCAUAUUUUACAGGAAAUGACUACAACUUAUUUGACAUGCUGUACCAAGACACAAAGCAAACAGACUUAAUGUAAAUAUUUUAUUAGGAAUAUACUUAAAUACAAAAUGUCAGGUGCAGCUCAGAGAAACAAAACCAACGCACAAACAAAAAAACGCAGAGGACAGUAAAAACAUACAGGUGACAAAACAUGUAUUCUGGAAAAUAGAAUGAAAAAAUACUACUUAAAUAAAGCAAAUAUAAGAAAAACCUACAGUAUGUACAAUUUGAUUAAAAAAUGGAUCUCUGUAGAAUUGUGAAACCUCCAAUCUCCAAAAAGCAGACCUGGAUGUUGACGGACACAUCUGUGACUGUUUCAUCACAAGCCUGUUGAGCAAGUUGAGUUCUGUGUGUCUGAAAACCUAAGAAGAUCUAAAAAUCUGAGCAAUAUCAGACUUGAUUCAAAUACUUCAUGACGCGAUGACAACGCAGCAUUUUGUUCUUCCCUUUUCUACAAAAUCACCGCUGCCAAAAAUGUGUUUUGAAAAGACGUCGCUGCUUUUGCACCCAGGACUGGAAUCCAUCUUUCACAAGCAGGUCAGACGAGGAGACUUGGAGACUGGACUCAUGCCUGGACCUCUGAAUCUGCAGCACCAUCUGGGUCCUCGUCGUUAUAGAUAUUUUC